ACACAUUAGCGCUUUCGUUCCCGCCUCGAUGAACGAAAAGGAUUCACAACCGUCGAUUGUUCCCGAAAUGCCACUCUGAAAAAGAACUCGACUGCUCAUUACUUCUUGAGUUCUCUCCAAAACCGCCAACACACUCUCUCUCUUCGCUGCGUGACCUUCUCUCUCCGCGUGAAGGUAUCUCGCUCUUGUUCCCUUCCACUACUGAGAAGCAUGUGUGUAGUUUUUCCUCUAUGAAUGUGUGUAUCUUUGCUUCUUUUCUUGAAAUGUGAUUUCUUCAUAUUUUCUAUCUUUAGAAUGACGAAGAAACUGAGAGAAUUUCCGGAAGACAAGAAGGCGGAGGAGGUUGCUUCGCCUCCUUCUGAAGCACCGGCGAGCCAAACCUCCUCGGCCACAGGAGGCUCUACUGAACAAUUGAUGUUGCUGGAGAAUUCGAUUGUCUCGCCUGAGGAAGAACUGGACAAGUCAGCACAAUCAAAGGAGAGAGAGAAAGACAGCUCUAUCGUUCCAGCCCCGGUGCAUGAUACUUCCUCAGAAGAGGAGUCGCUGAAGACUCAGGAAACUGUGGAGUCUGUGAAGACUGAGGAAACGUUGGAAGAUUUGAAAUCGAAGUCGUCAGAGUACAUAGUGAUUGAAAAUUCGAAAUAUGCUGAGAAAUCGUCUGUUUCUGAAACCAACAGUUCAAGUUCUGGCGAGAAUCCCUCAGAUACUCGUGAAACUGGAAGCGAUGAAUCUUUCACAAAAUCUGGCGAUCUAGACUCUAAUCUUUGCAUACAAGGAAGCUCGAGCUCGACUGAGAAACGUGAUCAACACUCUACAGAGAGUGAUAGUCAAGAAUCCUUUGAGGAAAAUCCGAAUUCCGUUGAGAAAGAAGGAUCAACGCCAGAGGAGGAGUCGGAUCAGAAACCAGCUGUGGACGGUGCAGGCAGCCGGAAGCUGGAGAAGGUGGCUAGUUUGGACCUGAAUUUGAACAUAGAUUUGAACCUCAUAUCACCGGCCGGGACAAAAUCGAACGGUGGACAGGGGAGCCCCGUGAGUGCUAAGAUGGUGGAAGAGGCUUGGGGAAGACUCCAAAAAUCCUACGUGACUUACAAGGGAAAGCCUGUUGGGACUCUCGCGGCUGUGGAUCCCGGUGCCGAGGCUUUGAAUUAUAAUCAGGUUUUUGUGAGGGACUUUGUUCCCAGUGGCCUAGCCUGCCUAAUGAAGGCCCUUGCAGAAAAUGAUGCUACAAAGCGCACUGCACUUACAGAACCUGUGAAGAAUUUUCUGUUAAAGACGCUCCACAUCCAAGGUUGGGAGAAGACAAUAGAUAACUUUACUCUGGGAGAAGGUGUACUGCCUGCAAGUUUUAAGGUUCUUUUUGACUCGUACCGGCAAAAGGACAUCUUGGUUGCAGAUUUUGGUGGCAGUGCAAUUGGAAGAGUUGCACCUGUUGAUUCAGGUUUCUGGUGGAUUAUACUUCUACGGUCAUAUACCAAGAGCACUCAUGAUUAUGCACUGGCAGAAAUCCCAGAGGUGCAGAGAGGGAUGAAGCUGAUACUCAAUCUCUGUCUCUCGGAUGGCUUUGAUACCUUUCCAACACUUCUUUGUGCGGAUGGAUGUAGCAUGAUUGACAGAAGGAUGGGAAUAUAUGGAUACCCAAUUGAAAUUCAGGCACUCUUUUAUUUCGCACUUCGGUGUGCUCGGCAGAUGCUAAAGGAAGAGCGCGAGAAGGAGUUGCUCAAGCGAAUUGAUAAGCGAAUCACAGCUCUCAGCUAUCACAUCCAGAAAUACUACUGGCUGGAUUUCACACAGUUAAAUAAGAUAUACCGUUACAAGACUGAGGAAUAUUCCCAUACUGCUGUCAACAAGUUUAAUGUCAUCCCAGAGUCAAUCCCCGACUGGGUCUUUGAUUUCAUGCCUUUGCGAGGAGGAUAUCUGAUAGGCAACGUCAGUCCAGCUCGCAUGGACUUUCGAUGGUUCUUGCUUGGCAACUGUAUUGCUAUUUUGAGUUCUCUUGUGACUGUGGAACAAGCAACAGCAAUCAUGGAUCUGAUUGAGGCGCGUUGGGAGGACUUGAUAGGGGAGAUGCCUUUGAAGAUCACUUACCCAGCUCUAGAAGGACAUGAGUGGAGGAUUGUCACUGGAUUUGAUCCGAAGAACACACGGUGGAGUUACCAUAAUGGCGGAUCUUGGCCAGUUCUGAUAUGGUUACUCACAGCAGCAUGUAUCAAGACUGGUAGGCCUCAAAUCGCCAAACGAGCUAUGGACCUGUUGGAGCAGCGCCUCUCGAAAGACGGGUGGCCAGAGUACUAUGACGGGAAAACUGGGCGUUAUGUUGGGAAGCAGGCAAGGAAGUAUCAGACCUGGUCCAUCUCUGGCUAUCUGGUAGCUAAAAUGAUGAUAGAGAACCCUUCCUACCUCCCAAUGAUCUCAUUUGAAGAGGAGAAAAAGAUAGCCAAGCCAAGGCAUACCCGUGCUGCUUCGUUUUGAGAGGAAACAUACCUAUACAGAGUUAAGGGGAAAGCUGAUGAAAUUGCAGUAGCUGGAAACUGCUUAGACACAAACAUGGUAAUUGAUUGCAUGAUAUCCCAGUAAUAGUAGCUUGACUGAUAUCAAAAACUAUACACCCACACACAUCUGAUUUCCAUAAUUCAUUCAGAUACUAUCCCAAACCUCUUUUUCCUCCCCCUCCAAGAUUUGUUUCCUAUAUUCUUUUUGAUUGAGGAUAUUAAUUGCAGUUGUCUUCCUGCUCUUUCAUGGUAGAGCUGAAUUUUUUUUAAAAUUACUUGGUGACUAUGUUCAU